AUGGCGUCUUCUUCGAAAUGGGAUCAUGUAGCUUUUGGUUUAUCAGCUGCCUGUCUAUCCACUGCUAUCAUUCUUCUUGUUUCAAUUGCAACUUGGCAGAGUGAAAUCUCGAGAAUCACCGAAGAAGCUAUAGUUGAAACUCAACUGUUCCAGGAAACAUCGGAAAAGAUUUGGGAUGACUUAGUUUUUGUGGCAACAGGAGAAACUGAUAGGCACAAAAGACAUGCAUAUUUAACACGAGCUCCUAUUCUUCCUGUAACUGGAGGGGCAAAUCAAGGAAGAAUGGCUAGUAGAGGAUGUAAUUGUCAAGGACCACCAGGACCUCCUGGAUUAGAUGGAGAAGAUGGAUACGACGGAGAACCUGGAGUGCCAGGACAGUCUGGAGAUGAUGACGUAUCGGUUCUCAGGCACGAUCCUGGACGUUGUGCUCAGUGUCCAGCAGGACCGAUGGGACCACCAGGGCCACGUGGAAACCCAGGACCACCUGGAAGAACGGGAGCACCAGGAAUCAACGGAAUUCCUGGACGACCAGGAACACCAGGAUAUCCAGGAGAACCAGGACUUCCAGGACCAGUCGGAGAUGCAGGAACUAAUGGAAAACCAGGAAAUCCAGGAAAGGAUGGAGUACGUGUCAGAAGAAUUCCGGGACCCCCAGGACCACCGGGAGCCGAAGGAGAUUCCGGAGUACCUGGAGGUCCAGGUUCUCCAGGAUUGGCUGGAGGAUCAGGAGAGUCUGGAGCGCCGGGUCCACAAGGAGCACCAGGAACAAAAGGAAUCGAUGGGAUUGCUGGAGGAUUUGGAUUGCCAGGUCCACAAGGAGUUGAUGGAGAAUACUGUCCUUGCCCUAAACAGAUUAAGAAAAGUAUAUAA